AUGGGAAAAAAACUUUCAAAAUUUGAUCAUAGAAAGAAUAUUACUGCGGUACAACAACGCGAAAUUCAAAGUAUCUAUUGUUAUAAGGGAGAUCGCAAAUUUUUGAACGUAUCUAAUGUAAAUUACAUGUAUCCCAUCGAUGAUAAUGAAAGCGAUAGAAUACAAGAAAAUUAUAAUCUUUAUCGUUACGUAUGGAAUGAUAACUUUUCUGCUCCUAUAAAAGAUAUAUUGAAUUCUAAUAAUACGCAGGUGCUUGACAUAGGAUGUGGACCUGCGAUGUGGACAUUAGAGAUGGCGACCGAAUAUCCAAAAUCUAGAUUCGUAGGAAUUGAUAUUGCGCCUACAUUUCCAAUUCGUGUGAAACCGAAUAAUGUUGAAUUUCUACAAGAAAACAUACUUACUGGUUUGCCACAUGCAGACAAUACAUUUGAUUACGUAAUUUGCAGAUUCAUGAUGUUUGCAUUCACUACAAAGGAUUGGGAAAUUGCCAUAAAAGAAAUCUGUAGGGUAUGCAAGGUUGGUGGUCACAUUGAAUUCAUGGAGAAGGAUAUCUUAUUUUGGAACGAAGGAAAUUUCACGAGAAAAGCAAGGUUAACUUUCGUGGAAGAAUUACGAACGAAAAAGAAAAUUGAAACGGUAAUAACCCCAAAAAUUCCACGAUUCAUUGCCGACACAAAACAAUUCCCGGUAAUAUAUCAUACGGAAAGGAACGUUCCAAUAGGCAAAUGGGGAGGGGUAUUGGGCGAAAAUUAUAAAUUUAUCUAUACAUGGGGUGCUAAAAAUUUAAAAAGUAUAAUGAAGGAUUGUGGUUAUAAUGAAAGGGAAUGGGAUUCGGUUAUUGAUAAAUGUAUGAAAGAACUAAGUGAAAAUGAUGGUUAUGAUAAAAUUCAUAGAUUUUGGGCCCAAAAAGAGGAAUUACUACAGCAUAUCGAAAGCUAUGUUAUCGAGGUGUGA